CUCUAACUUGCUUUUUAGAGUACUCAAACUUAUAUAAAUAAUGAAGGAAGAAGACAAUGUUAUCAAAUAAGAAGAAAACCCAUUUUUUAUCCCACAAUAUAUCGUACCCAUAAACUACACCCCGAAUCACAACGAAAUAGAGAAUUAUAAAAUUGCGAUUCAUCAUUUAACCGAGGAGAAUCACUUUUUGAGAAAACAAUUGCCACACAACCAAGUCUCAGACCUUCUCUCUUUGAAUAAAGAACAACUCAAGGAUGAGGUAUUUCAAAUGAUUGACUUCCUGAUGAAAAAUCUCAAUUACCUUCCAAAAGAAUAAAUCUUUGCCUACCGAAAAACAAUUCGAUAGUGCACACAGAGGAGUGCACUCAAAAGAAUCUAUUUCCUCAUCUUUACCAGAUACUUACAAGCUGAAAAAACGAAAGAAGAAAUGAUAAAAUUCAUUAUUCGCAAAAGUGUGAAGUUUUAAAAGCCCACUAGCAACAUAUAGAAACAACAAAUUAAGAAAAUGAAUACUGCAUUCGUCUAGCAAUUAUUUCUAUCACCUCAAUAUCAGUAACAUUACUAAAACUUUUUAAGCCAAUACCUAUAAUUAGCACUUGAUGAAAACAAACAUAAAAUUCAAAAAUACGUGAAUUUCAUUGUGGAAUCAAUAUAAAAUGACCAAAUUGAUGUAAUUUUCACUCAUUUUCAUUAGGAUGUCCUAAAUUAUAAAAGAUUUCCGUGGUUGAAUGAGUGGAUAUAAUAAUCCGUUUAGAUUGCUUAAGAUCUGCAAUUUACUAGCAAUCCCCAAAACUUGGAGAACAAAAAAAAAAUAAAAUUCUGA